GCAGCAAAGGCUUUAGCAAUGGUAAAUCCUAUCCCUGUCCUUCCGCCUGUAACGAGACCAACUCGUCCAGAAAGCGACAUCGUGGUAGCGAUAUUAAGAUCUGCCAUGCUCAAGCAAUGUUGAACAGUCUCUGCAUACAAUCCUUUUUAUUACAGCAUGUUGUUGGGCGUUAUUCAGCAGUACCGUCACUAUAUCUCGGUGAGGGUAAACGGAUAAACGGACUGCUCUGGUAUUUUGUCACUCCAGUACCGUCAGCAAUUGUGACAAAAAUAGUUCCUUCUCAGGCUCGAACAGCAGCGUGUCGGCUCUUGAACGCUUUAGGCACCGCUUGCCAGUGCGCGACUACUACUCCUGAGAAGUAAGCCGACUAACUGAUGCUGGAACCUCAUUCGAGCAUUUGUUCAUAUACUCUGGAUUCGGCCAACCGGGUAGAAGAACAAGUGAACAGAAGGGCGACCUACGGACAAAGCUUUCAGACGGGAUGAGUCCGUGUCUACCGUACUGGAUCAGUUACCCUCGAAGGACUCUUGCAGUAGCCAAUGGAGGCCGUAAAAGUCACCAGAAGAAUACUACAUCAUGGUACAUUCUAACAGAAAGCCUCCAGCUGCGGAAGCUCGGACCUGAAGUAAGUGCAAUCUCAGAAAGAUGAAUGAUACAUACCUGGCCCGCUGUGAUACAUCCGUACAGCAUCCUCAACAUCGCAGGGUAUACAGCGUGAGGUUGAUCUCUACAUCCGUGCAAGACUCAAGAUUGGUGUAUACUGCGCGAGAUUUUCGAGCCUUGGAGACUCAGUAUCGAGAGUCAGUCGCGCUGGAAUUCUCAUCCGUGUACAUGCACAAGGAUAU